GAAAUUCAACGUAUUAAGACUCCCCCUUUAUAUAUUCUAAUAAUGGAUCUUCCCCAAAAACCAUUAACUCCAAAUUAGUCAAAGAAAAAAAAUUCAAAUUUUUCAGCUACCUUUAUCUUCUCAACUGCAAAUGGACUCCCAUUUGAAAAUGAAAAACACUUCGGAAAAAAACGAAUUCAUAUCUCUUCGAGAUCAUCCAUUUCCUUGUCGAUUUCGUUACGUUACCGAAGAAAACGUUCAACAAUCAUCAAUUAUUGUUACCAAAAAUCAUCAAUUGAGUCAUAGCAAUAGUAGUACUAUUGAUGAGAUACAACGAGUUGGAAAUAGCGCACGUAAACAUUUUAGCCAUCGACACAACUUGUUAACGUACUCGUUGCGUGCCUCGGAUUGUGUGCAUUGCUAUUUUUGUGAGACCACAAUUUCAGGCAUGUCGUACGGGUGCAAACGUUGCAGGUACUUUCUUCAUGAGUCAUGUUUCGAAUUCCCACAAGUCAUCGAACAUUUGGCUCACCCGGGACAUCAACUAAUUCUCAAGUAUACUCCAGCAAGUGGUGUCAGCGCAUUUAAUUGCAAAGCAUGUCACGUUGGUGACAACCCUGCUUUGUUAUUCAACUUUCACUAUUCAUGCAAUCAUUGUGAUUUUGCUCUUCAUAUGGGGUGUGCGUCUAUGCCUUAUAAAGUUCUUCACAAGGAUAUGGCUUUGUCUGUAUUUUACUCGAAUCCUUUGAGGAAUGAAGCCGGGCCACUCCUUUGUGACAUGUGCAACCACUCGAUAGACAAAUCGAAUACUUGGGUAUAUUAUGACCAUAGUCAUAAUUUUGUGACACAUUUUGGGUGUGCUGCUGACUCUGUCUAUGGAAAAGUAGAAAAUGAUAAAGACUAUAUAAUUGGUGUUCAAAAUGGAUUGACAAAUGUUGAUGGGGAUGACACUUCUAUAGUAAACUAUCAAAAAAAUGAACAUGAAGGAACACAAUAUAAACGGUUCUUUCAUAGACAUCCUUUGCAACAAUUGGAUCGAUCGAUGGACAACAGUGUCAAGAAUCGAAAAUGUGGAAUUUGUGGAACUGAUCUUAGUACAGACAAGAAAAAAGAGUGUUCAAGUUGUGAUUUUAUAAUUCAUGAGAGGUGUUCUUUUUUGCCUGAGAAAAUUCAACACCCAUUUCAUCCACAUCCACUCACACUUGUUCCUAAAAAAGAUGGAGUUGAAGUUCAAUGCAUAGGAUGUCGUCAAUCCAGUGGUUGUCACACAAACUACACUGUUCUGUACCAAUGCAAAACUUGUGAAUUUCAACUUCAUCCAUCAUGUGCUGCUUGUCCAAGAAGACUAAAAAAGCUUGAUUUAACUUUGUGUUACUCAUUUCCUUAUAAGAAUGAGGUAUCAAAGCUCUAUUGCAACUAUUGUUCGAAGGUCAUCAACAAGGAUCAAUGGAUGUACUAUGGAAGAAGUAACGAUGAGAAGAGGCACAUUACUUGUCAAUUGGCUGUUGGCGUUUCGAAUUGUUAUGUCACGUUACGUGAUUUAGAGGUAGAAUAGUAGGGUCGUCUCUUGUGUAUAGACCCAAAAAUCGAGUGAAUAGCAAGUCAGUCAUGAUCGGAAUUUCAGUAUUCGAUAGGUAUGCUCAAUCCAAUGGGAAGUUCAAGUCCUUUUGUGGUUUCAUAGAAUGGUUCAUUUGUUUUAUAUAUGUUUUAUGAGUAAAUUAGGAUGAAUACAUAUGUACUUUGAAAUAAUAAUUUUGUUUAUGCAGAUCUAUGUAAGAUAACUAUGAUUUUUCCCCAA